AUGGAGUUUACUUGGCAGGCAACUCCUGGCCAUUCCAAGUCCUUCCCCUUAAGCGAGCUGAACCCCAAGAAUUAUCCGAUAGAUCAGGAAAGCUACAGCCUUCGUAUCCCGGCGAAGAACCUUCCACACGGGAUUACCGAUGAGGAAGUUCUAGCCAGAUUCUCCAAGGGCGUUUUCGGGGGCGGAUAUUCGCUCCUGAGAGGUGGAUGGCACCUCACUUCGAGCAGUGAUCCGGCUCUACCAGGGCAUUCUAUCUGGAAGUUGGAGUCGCUCUCCAGGAACACUCUUCCGCCAUUAGGGAGUACCCUGUUCGGCCUUCUUACUUUAUUCGAUACCAGCGCUUGCACUGAAGCUCAUCGCAUAUCCGUAUUCCCAGAAUCACAAGAUAUCCCUCGACCCAACUUCGCCUUUGCAGAAUACGCCGGACGUACAAAGUCCCUCAGCCUUGCUGCGUCACAUCGUUUCGAGGUCAACCGGGAGCUCAAAGGCAGCGAGGAUGUGAUUCAGCUUACUUUCUCCCAUGUAAGAAGCAAUCCUGCAAACGGUGGAAAACCUCUGCCGGGUUGGUUUAUUUGGUUCCAUGUCUUGUACUCUAAGCUACUCUUUGCCGACGGGAUCAGAGAGCUUCUGCGAAAUUAA